UCGGGUCGGCACACGGGUUGGUUCAACUCGGAUGUCCUAGGGCAACGACGUCGUUAAAAGAAUAGAGUAUCUUAUCUUCCAAGGUUGUCGUUUUAACCUCCCCGCCAUCGGCCGUCGGUCUAAUGCUCAUUCAUCUUCCUCAAUAAGCUUCGGAGUGGAGCAGCUUAGCUAUACUAUGAGGCAUGGACUGUGGAUAAGGUACACAGAGAAUCAAAAGCCCUUUACUUUCUUCAGAUAUUGCUUUUGAUUAAAGUUUUGUUGUUUCUCUGCAACCUGUUUUAUGCCUUCGAAUUCAGUUUUCUGAUUUUGAAGUUAAGUGAAUACAAUAAUGUCCACAAAUUUAACAAGGGGCCAAGCAUUUCCCUUGGCUUUAAGGAUUUGUUCAAGACCCAGAUGCUCUAAACCAUUCAACACCUCAAAGCCCCAAUCUUUACAAAUUGGUUCUCUUCCAAAACCCCCUCUAAACCUUACUUGGGGGAAGCUCACUAAACCCUCAUGUGGGUCUGGUCAGAAAAUGUAUGGGAUGUCCCAUUUGGUUCAUUUUUCAACCGAUUCCUGUUGUAAGAUCCUAGAAAGUGGCGUUCUUGCAAAACCCAGAAGCGUCUCUAGCGGAUUCAGGCUUAAAAAUGCCACACAGAAUUGGCUUUUGAUAAGAGGUAGAGCCUUUUCGAGUUGGUCUGGUCAGAAAGUUAAUGGAGGGAGCAGUGUGGCAAGAGCUGGUAAAAGACUCCCGUGGUUGCCGGCAAACAAAACUAAGGGAGCAAAAGGAUUGGAGAAAGCAACUACUGCUAAGACAUCUAUUUCUUCUUGGGAGGAAUCUGCUAAGAGGUUAGAGGAAGUUAAUGAUAAUGCUUCUUGGGGAGAAUCAGCAAGGAGCUUGGAUGGAGACAGUAGUAAGUCCUCUUGGGACAAAUCAGCAAAGAGUUUAGAGGAAGCACCAAAGUUGAAAGCUGGUCGUUCUUCUUGGGAGGUGUCAGCGGAAACUUAUGUUAGGAGAAGUGGCCCAUCAGAACGGGGGAGAAAAGAAAGUAGAACUGGCAUGGUAAGUAUGGCACAUGACCGGCAAAGUGAUUACCGCGGGAGGGAGAAAAGAUUGGAGGAAGCCAAGACAGAAGGAGAUGAAAAAGAAGAAGAAAUGGAGGCUGUUGAUGAUCCAAGGUGGGAUCGUAUUCAAAACAAGUUCAGGGGAAUGGAAGAUGUUAAAUCUGGACGUGACAGACCUGAGUUUCGAAGGUGGAAUAGGCAGGAAGAUUGGGGUAAGAAGACAUGGAAAGAGGCUACAGAAUCGUCUGUGCCUAGGAUGAUUGGCCAAGGUGUUUAUGGGGUUGGUCCAGUUUUGGCUGCUUUGUCGGCUGGAAGAAGAGAAUUUUAUGCAUUGUAUAUUCAAGAAGGGUUGGAUUUGAGCAAAAAUAAUAGGAAGAAGAAGGACAAGAAGGGAUUUGAGAGAAUUUUGAUAAUGGCUGAUAAGCUUGGAUUAAGUGUAAAGGAUGUGUCCAAGCAUGAUCUUAAUAUGGCUACUGAUAAUCGACCUCAUCAGGGUCUCGUGCUUGAUGCUUCUCCAUUGGAGAUGGUAAAAAUUAAGGAAUUGGACCCUGUUUCAGUUGAGGAAGAUAAGUGUUCUCUUUGGGUUGCUUUGGAUGAGGUUACAGAUCCUCAGAAUUUGGGGGCAAUCAUCAGGUCUUCUUACUUCUUUGGAGCUUCAGGGGUGGUGUUAUGCGCCAAGAAUUCAGCCCCGCUUAGUGGUGUUGUGAGCAAAGCAAGUGCAGGCUCACUUGAGCUAAUGGAGUUGAGAUACUGCAAGAAUAUGAUGCAAUUCCUAACAUCCUCGGCUGAAAAUGGUUGGCGAGUUCUUGGAGGUUCUGUUUCUUCCAGAGCUAUACCAUUGAAUGAGGUUGUGCAUAGUGUGCCAACAAUUCUUGUUCUGGGCAGUGAGGGCACCGGGUUGAGGCCUUUGGUGGAAAAAUCUUGCACUGACUUGAUUAGAAUCCCUGGAAAUAUUCCUGUGGAUGUAAGUGCUGGUGGAGCUGAUGAUAUUGAAACUGGGGAAGUGAGUCAUGGGUGCUCAGCUGAAGAGUUCCGAUCAUUUUUGGCUGUGGAGAGCUUAAAUGUCAGCGUUGCAGCUGGUGUGCUUCUUCAUCACUUAACGGGAAACAAUAAUGAGAAAGAUGGUCAUGUGGUUAAUGAGCAGACUGGCGAACUUGAGUGAGAUUCUGUAGACACUUCACUGAUUUUGUUGCCCCACAUUUUUUCAUUUAAAUUAGUCCAUUAAAAUAGGAUAAUGCCCUUUCAUCAUAAACAUUGUAAGCUAUAUUAGCACUUUUUUGAGCUUUAUCUAAAACAGAGAGUAGGUUUACAAUUUUGAUUUUCAUUAAA